AGAGAAGAGACGUGGUGCGGGUAACCGCAAUACAUCUGGAUCAUCCGUGGUGAUCGGACAGGAUUUCUUGGGCUCUUGAUCGGUGGCGACCGAGACACCGGCUUUUGCGCCACUCCGUACCUCGCGACGACACCGAUAACGCGACAGGGCGGAUAGGCGUGCAUUAUCAGGCUUUGGCAAGUAAUUCAAGGGCCGACAGUAUGCGAUACUCGGCCCUCUGCGUUCUGCUGCUGGCGAUCAGCGAGCCUCUUUUCAUCCACGCAAAAAUGAUACUGGUCGUGCCUCGACAGGUAAGACGAACCCCAUCAUGGAAACCGUCUUCGCCGUAUUACAAAAAAAAUUACGGAAGCAACGAAUUUCAUCGUCCCACAUACUACAGUCCUGCCCAACGUUACUACAGCAAGAAACCUUUCCGGCCAUUACCGUACGGAGGUGAUGAUUUUGAUCAGGGUCACGAAACUGUGAACCAUGUGCACGUACCGUACGGCAAAGAUGUUUCGCACGGCAUCUCUUUCGGCAAAGGAUAUAUUCCGUACGACAAUAUCAAGAGCAGCAGUUUGCCAUUUGUGCCUGAGAGCAGGUAUGCCGGCGCUUAUACGCGUCAACCCGCCGCACCAGACUAUCCGCCGACCGGUUUCACGUCGGUAGGUCAGGAAUACUCAGCAUCGGCGACCGCGAAUUCCUACGAAAGUCCGCAGCACGAUUCGUUCUUCUCCGACAUGGAAGGCGCCGCCAGGGGCGACAGUUUAAAGGAAAACGCGAAUAAGUACUACGCUUCACGUUCCAUCGAGAAGGAUCUCACGCUGAAGAAUCAGCAGGCCCUCAGCAGUGCCAUCGAGAGGGACAAGGAUUCGAAGGGAAUCGAAGGACAGCACAAGAUCGCUCCUACCGUCUACGGUCACAUAGCUACCGAUACGCAAGGUGCCGUGAUACUGCCGGCCGGUAUACCGGCAGCCACCAUCGCCGGUAACAAGGACGGCAUCGUGCUGCGAGACACCGUGUCCAUGGAUGAAUACCACAGGAAGUUGCAAGAGCUCACGAAGACCUGGCCUAACGUGUUGGCGACCGGCGCAUCGACCGCUUACGGAGGAGUAAUUCCCGCGUCUCAUCAACAGUUGCACGCUGGCUUCGCGGUUACCGGUCUGCCAGGUUCCGGCUUCGCCGGUCCGACCGGAGGUGGCUGGAUCGCCAAUUUCGCGCAGUCGAAGCAGGGCUACGCCGUGCGGGAGGAUCACGGAGACCCAGCGGCCUACGAUUUCCGAACGAUGCCCAUUCAUGCCGCGUCGUAUCAACACCUGCCGCUCGGUGUACCGACCGACGUGGCGGCGAUCGCAUCGCAUCAUCACGGAUAGAUAGCAAGAGCACGCUACUGGGUUUGAAAUCGGUGUAAUUUCGAUGAGCUCGAUUGUUCUUGUUGCUUAGACACGGCAAAAUGCAUCAUACGCCAUUGAAUAAUGCAUCCUUGCCACGAAUAAACGUAUGAAAAGGCUCGUUCAAGGUGCCGAAGUCUGAACUCAGCAAAAUUAUAUCGACUACCCGAGAAGUUUCGAUUUCCGACACACACAAUGUGUGCGCUAAUACGAUGCACUAGAUAUAAAUACGUUAUGUGUGAUUUUAGAAUUUUUUGCCGCAGUGCUGUUAAUUUAAAAUUCUUGGAUCUCUUUGUUUUUUUUCCUGAUAUCCUCGAGUUAUGCAAAGAAUAUUUUUUGGUACUCCAAAAAAUUUUACUUGCUUCUCUUUUGAAUAGAAUCAAAAGAUGUUUUUGUGCUUGCAAAUUAUUACAGACAUCUCGAGCGAAAAUUAUGCGCAGCCUGUUCACAUGUCGUUUAUAUAUACAUACACGUCUAGAUUAAAUUUAUAUCACUUUAUUUAUGAUACUACUUAAGAAAGUCGACACGAUGAUGCUCGUAUAAUAGUUUUCGCAAUAAGUACUUUCUAUUAAUUUGAAUUAGGUCUUUUGAAAUUUUAUUUUGCAGUUUUUCAGAUUCUUUAUUAACUUUUGUUCGAUAUUUGAAUAUGAAAAAAUUGUCCCGAUGAUUUAUUGUUACUGCGAUAUAAAUAUCAACUUGUAAUCAAUAAUUAACACUACAGAAAUAUUGAUAAUUUAAAAAUUUUAUGAUUGAUUAAGCAAUACUAUAAAAUUCAUUGUAUUCAUUGUAUUCACAGAAAAAUUCUUAAAUUUAUUACAUAAACUUUCAAAACCAAAUAGCUUCAUUAUAUUUUUUAAUAAACAUUAAUCUUAAAUAUACUUAAGAAUCUACAGGCUGAGAGAUUGCAUGAGAGCUUUGGAAUAGACAUGCUGUGUGCAUGAAGUGGAUGACACGGCGCAUCCUCACGAUUUUGAGUGCCUAAGAUUCAUAUAUGCAAUGAUAUAGACAUCAUUUUGUAAAUAACUGCAUAUUGUGUAAAUAAUAUUAUGGCUAUUUCGGAGAUUUACAAGACAGUUUCAUUAUUGUUUUAACAAAAGCUUUUAACGCAUUGUAAAUUUAAGAACGAGAAAAAUUACGAAGAUGGGCAUGCAUCAUCACGUGUCUACUUUCGUAAUUAGUCAUAAAUUUAUUGAUAAAAUUAUUUGUUGUUACAAAAUCUUUAAAUGUCCUGUAAUAUGCUAGUUAAACAUAUCUCAUAACUAUUAUAGUAAAUGGAAUAAUUUUUAAGUUAUUUGUUAUGCAUGCAUAACUCGUUUUGUUACAUAUAGGACGAGGAACAUAAUUCCGAUAUAUUGUUACAAUAUAACGCGCGUAUCUCUGACGGUUAUUUAAGCAUAAAAUAUUACACACAAGUAUAUUUGCAUUGUGUAAAAGAAUAAAUAUAUGUGACGUUGAUUUUAAGUUUGUAUGCACAUAUAAGAUAAUAAUUAUUGGCCCAGAACUUGCAUCGUUCAUCGAUGAAAUUUAACAAGUGAUUUAUGCAAAGAAAUGAUUAUUUGAAAUUAUAUCACUUUUUAAUUAUUUUAAUAAUCGAAUUGACAGAAACAAUAUCUUUUAAUUUCUAUCAAUUUGAUAUUAAAAUUAUAAUUUUGUUUCUUUCUGAUAAUAUUAAUAUGUGUGUGAGCAAUCUCCAUCGUCUACAAAAAUAUUUAAACAUUUAAUCUUUGUACAAUAUGUAUUUGACUUGUGCACGUGUUGGUUUUUAGCAAGUACGAGCAGUAAUUAUGUAUCUCAUCACAAUAAGUGUCACAUCGCCAACCACAGUGUAAUAUUCUUUGUAAAAAUUGCAAUUAAAGAUACUCGUGAUUAAUAUACAUUCGUGAUUGGUUGGAAACGCGCGUCGCUUCCACGGUCGAGCGGUCACGAGGGCGUUUGUAAAAAUUAGCCGACUUGUCGACGGUCGUGUAAAGUAAUGUCGGGAGAUCACGGUCACUGUGCGAAGAUCGCAUCUUCUCGUUCCGGUUACUUUCACUGGAAGACCGAUGACCGGUUGAACGUUUGAAAGUCGAGAAAGCAACGUUCUCCGCGACCAGAGUUUGCGAUUGCGUUGAACUCGCACACGCUAUAUAAGAUGCCGCUCACAGUCAUAAUCGACAAAAAGGAUAUCGAUGGAAGAAGAGAGAAAGUGAAAGGAUCGCGGAAGGGCUUGGCAGAAAAAGGAUGAUGACUGGCUGUGAGCCAGAUGGGAUUUUAACGGAGUACAUUAUGAGUAACAAUUAUUUGCUUAAAGAUGUCGUUAAUUUUAUAACGACGUUCAAGAAUUGCUGGUAAUAUAAUUACCAAGUUUUAUAUUCAAUUAUCGAAUAGUUUAAAUAUAUAAUUCAUAAUGACAAGAAUUAAUAAAUUAUUUCUUAUCGUUUUUUAUCAUAAAUUGUUACUGAACUAGAAAACUUUAAUAGUGUCCCUCAUAAUUUGUAACUCGUUUCCGAGUUUUUCAAAUUUCCUGCAAAAAUAUGGAUCGC